AUUCCGAAUCUGGAACCCGCGCGAUGAAGCGAGCGUUUGUGACCGUCGGGACCACCAGUUUCGACGAGCUCGUCGCUCGAGUGGUCACCAACGACUGCGUUCAGGUCCUCAAGAGUCUGGGUUACAACCACCUUGUCCUCCAGAUUGGUAGAGGCACUGUGGUGCCUGAACCAUUCAGUACUGAGUCAUUCACUCUGGAUGUUUACAGGUAUAAGGAGUCUUUGAAAGAAGACCUUCAGCAAGCUGAUCUUGUCAUUAGCCACGCAGGUGCAGGAAGCUGUUUGGAGAGUCUGGAAAAAGGCAAACCACUUGUGGUAGUUGUAAAUGAAAAGUUAAUGAACAAUCAUCAAUUUGAACUGGCAAAGCAGUUGCACAAAGAAGGCCAUCUCUUCUAUUGUACUUGCAGGAUCCUGUCUUGUCCUGCGCCAGUCAGCCUCUUGCUUGUGCUUCUGGGAAGUGCCAAGAUUCUGCAGCCCUGCCAACUGCCUUCUGCCUAGACCUUGAGCUGCUUCGGAUACCUGCCUACACAAGCUCCAGUACUUGUGGCCACUGCCUAUUCUUCCCUGCCUUCUGUGUUUUCCUCUUUUCCACUCCUCUGUACCUUUCUCCUCAUCCCGUGCACAAUGCAUAAAGGAUGGAAAAAGUACUGCGGCCAGAAGUCUUUGAGUGAGGCUUCAAUGGAUGAAUAUUUAGGCAGUUUAGGGCUGUUUCGAAAGGUGAUUGCCAAGGAUGCCUCUUGCCUCUUUCGUGCUAUUUCGGAGCAGUUGUUUCACAGCCAGAUCCAUCAUUUACAUAUCAGGAGAGCUUGUGUCUCAUAUAUGAAGGAAAAUCAACAAGCUUUUGAGUCUUAUGUGGAGGGAUCUUUUGAGAAAUAUCUGGAACGGUUGGGAGAUCCCAUGGAGAGUGCUGGCCAGCUGGAACUAAAAGCUCUUUCUCUAAUUUACAAUCGAGAUUUCAUUCUUUAUCGUUAUCCUGGAAAGCCACCAACUCAAGUCACAGAUAAUGGCUUUGAAGACAAGAUUCUUCUCUGUUAUUCAAAUAAUGGCCAUUAUGAUUCUGUAUAUUCAAAGGAAUUUCAAUCAACUGCAGGAAUUUGUCAAGCUAUAUUAUAUGAACUUCUUUAUAAAGAUGUAUUUGUUGUGGAUGAAGAAACCUUGAAAACUGCAGUUGAUUUGUUUCGAAGUGGUUCCAGGAGAAACAAACACAAUGCUUUGACUGCAAAUGUAGAAGGCAAUACUGAUCAGAAGGACUCAACCCAAGAUAGAAGUGAAGAGGUUGGAGCCUGUUCCAGUGUUGCAAGUACACCAGAAAGCAAUAAGCAAGGAACAGAACAACAAAAGGUUCCAGAAAAUCCAUCAAAGAUGCUGUUUCCCUAUAAAGUACUGAAAGCUCUGGAUCCAGAAAUCUAUCGCAACAUAGAAUUUGAUGCUUGGUUGGACACUAGAAAAGAACUUCAAAAAUCAGAUUGUGUGGAGUAUGGUGGAAGAUACUACUAUUUAGGAGACAAGUGUCAGGUUUGCAUGGAACCAGGUGGAAAAUAUUAUAAUGCUCACAUUCAGGAAAUUGAUAUUGAUAAAAAUUCAGUAGUAGUUUUCAUUGAGGAAUUUGGAGAAAGGCAUCCAAUUCCGUUGGCCAACGUAAGACCAGUCAACCAAGUGGCACUUCUUCCUGCCUGGAAUGCUAUACCACUUCGUAAUGGAAGAGGUUACCAGACUAUAACUGGAGGCUAUUUCCCUGAAAUAGUUAUGACAGAUAUGAACAUGAAGCAACGGAAGAAGAUGUUCAAGAAAUUUCGAGGGAAAGAGAUUUAUAUGACCAUGGCUUAUAGCAGGGGGGACCCCCUUGUCACACCCAGGAUUCAGCAUAGUAUGCAUUAUGGCCAUGACCCUCUACUGUACUACUCACAGACAGCUGGCCGUAUUAUGUCUAGUGAACAUUUUUACCCUCAACAUUCAUCUCAAAAACAAGGUCGGGGAUAUGGGAUGCCCAGGGAUUCAUCUCACGUUCUAAACAAACAAAACACACCAAAUCCUAAAGUUGGGUCUUCCUCUGGCUCAGGCAAAAAGUGCUGCCAGAGCUAUGAUAAUGUGUCCUAUAGGUCUCGUUCUUUUAGGCGUAGCCAUCGUCAGAUGCAUUGCAUGAAUAAGGGAUGCCAAUAUGAUUUUGCUCCAGAGAAUGGAGUGGAAGAAUCUGUUACAUUUUAUGCACUUGAAGAAGGGAAUGAGACUGCUUAUUCAACCUUACCUAACAAUGGUGGUCCAACUGCAAUGGUUCCUGCUACUUCAGGAUACUGUGUUGCAAGGCAGGGCUAUAACUCAUGCAAACCAACUUUGAAUUCAGAAGACAGUAAUGACCACUGUGAUAAUGGAGGAUAUCAUGGAGAUUAUCUUUAUUCAGAACAAGGCUAUGAAACUUCCAGUGUGUAUACCACAACUGUGUCUACAGCAAACCUGUCUCUUCAGGACAGUGGACCAUGUUCUGUGCCUCAAGACACAGUUACCUCAUACAGCUACCCCCAGAAGGUGUUAGAAAAUUCUGCAGCAAUUGCAGUUUCUUGGGCCAGCCAUGUUCCGGUUCCAGUCAUAUCUAACUGCACAGGAGAUAAUCAAACUAUUAGCACCUCUGACGUUUCCUCACAGAGUGCCAUACAACCUGUCUUUGUACCUCCAACUGCACAAGAUGGUUCAGCCUAUGUUCAGCCUGCAGCAGCAGCAACACCAGCACCAGUGGCAACACCAGUGGCAACACCACUACCUCCGCCUCCUCCUCCUGCCACUCCCCUUGAAGCAGGAGAUGCUUUGGGAUUCCCUCUUCCACCACCACCACCGCCUUAUUCCUAUGACCCGAGUGGAAGUGAUCUGCCCCAAGAUACAAAAGUUUUGCAGUACUAUUUCAAUCUGGGAUUGCAGUGCUAUCAUCACAACUACUGGCAUUCCAUGGUCUAUGUGCCACAUGUGCAGCAGCAGCAACAGCAGCAGCAGCAACAACAACAGCAGCUUAAUGGAGAGAGUUAUCCAGAUUGUACUGAGCAAACCCCCGCAGACCAAAGUGUUCCUCAAGUGUACACUGAUGUGGCGAGAACAGGUGACACACAGGCAGAUGUAACAACAAAUGAUACUUAUCCCGUUGCUGAUGCUGUACCUAUCCCUCAUGGAACAGUCUACUAUCCAGUAAUGACAGAUCCCUAUGGAUCUCCUUUGUCGGGUUUUGAUUCCUAUGUUCCUGUUGCAUCAGAUUACUCCAGUAUUGCCAUGUGGCAUCCAGUUGGUGCAGCAUAUGGUACUUCUGCACAGAUUCAUGGUGCUAUAAAUCCUGGGCCAAUUGGCUAUAUGCUUCUACCUAACUCACCUCAUUAUACACCUCAGAAUUAAGAUUGGCAACAUGAAAUACUUUUCGCUGCCAUCUUUACUGUUAUGGUUCAUAAAUGUCUUAUUAGUUCUUAAGUGGUUUAGUUGGGAAGAAUGUUCACUAUGUCUUUAAAAUUAUUUUACUUUUGAAGUAAAAUAUUUCUUUAAAACAAAGACAUUACCUUUUGUUAUAAGAAAAUUGCAGUGAAUGUACAACUAGUCCUUAUAAUGGGCAACUUCAUUGGAGGCAGCUUUAACCCAGCUUGUUACAAUUGUAUUAACUGAUGGUGCCAACUGAUAAAGGAAAACAUACAAGCUAGUUUCUAUGAUACAUCUUAAUCAAUUAGUGUUAGUACACUUUCCAUUUUUCAAGAAAUUUAAAGAGACAAAAAAUCCAACCAAUCGAGCCUGUGCUCCUCGGUAUUUGUUUCUAUUAAAUGCCAGUUCUUCAGGUUUCUUUAAAAAUUGUCAGAACUGAAUUGCAGUCUGAUAUGAACCAGUUUUGAAGGCACAUGGUGUUCUGCUUUACAUUUGCCACCAUAUGGGAUUGUUUAAUACUGGAUUUACAUAACUGUCCUACUGCACAGUAUUAUAGUAUCCUUUGCACAAUUUGCAGUAAAUAAAAACUAGCAUUUAAAAUUACCAAAA